CCGUUGUACCUUGUACCCGCUUGAUCCAUCAUCACCGCAGUUCACCCGCCGAAAUGACGACUUGGAACGGUUGCCGUAGCGGAUGGACCCGAUCCAAUGGCCAGUCUUUGGAGGGAGCGUACGUGGAAUAGUGAGGCGACAAAUGGCUACAUUCCAUCGGAAGAGGGUUAUGUAGCCUCACGCUAUUCGAAGCGAGGGCAAGGACAGGACCGUUGGGCGCUGUUGGGAAGUACGGGAACAAUCUCAAGCUUGCGCUUGGGGAGUAUGAAAUUCGAGAUAGUACAAUGUUAAUGGCCCGCGCGAGCGGUUACAUUCUUUCCGACACAUGGUGGCGACAGCGGCUUGCGCACUUGUUCGGAGGGUAUAAUCAGGCCGUCGCAUGAAAACAGCAGGGGCAAAGGAAAUGCAAGAAGAAGAAAAGAGCAAUCGAUCGCAGAGGAACGAUGAUGG